AGGAACGCCUUCUGUCAGAAAUAAAGCCGAUGUAGUGUUCAUAAUGGACUCGUCAGGAAGCAUUGGACCUGAUGACUACAAUCGCGAAAAACAGUUCGUCAAAGAUCUCACGAAUGUGUUUCAAGUCUCUCCUACUGAGGCCAGAAUCAGUACCAUCAUAUACAGCGAUGACCCAAAACUCAUCUUCGAUUUUGACACAUUCAACGAUAAGCAAAGUAUCAACACUGCUAUAGAUGACCUGGAGUAUUUAGGAAACAGGACGCGGAUCGACAAAGCACUGGCAAUGGCCAUGGAGGUGUUUUCAAAAUCUCGUCCAGCUGUGCCCAGAAUUGCAUUUGUCCUCACCGAUGGAAAGCAGACUGACGACUAUGAUGCGAAACCGCUGGACAUAGCUGUCCGACCGCUUCAUGACUUAGGCGUUCACGUUUACGUCAUAGGGAUUGGCACUUACGUCGACCCUGAAGAACUCAGACUCCUAGCAAGAAGACAAGAAGAUGUAUUCACCGUGAAUUCUUUUGAACUCCUACUCCAACAGACAUAUCGUAUUGUUAAUCGAAUAGACACCUACGAUGCAAUUCCACCAUUGGAGAUCACAGCCGAUAUAAUGUUCCUAGUAGAUUCAUCUUCAGCUAUCCCUAGAGCAACGUAUGGAGACCAAUUAAACUUUCUGCAAACAAUUGUUAACCAAUUCAGAAUAUCACCUCGUUAUGUUCGAGCGAGUGUCAUCUCAUACGGAAACACUGCACGGCUGUCCAUACCAUUCGGGACGCGUACAACUAACGCAGCAAUGAAUCGGUCCAUCGACUCACUCCCAUACGUUGGAGGCCAGAAACGAAUUGAUAGAGCAUUAUGGCUGGCUAACCAAACGUUUUUGCAAGCCAGACGUUUGGUACCCAAGAUUCUGCUUAUUCUAACCCAUGGUGGACAACUGGCGGAUGUUGGCACCAACUUACGGCUCCCUGUCAAGGCUCUUCGUGACCAAGGCGUCAGUAUCUUUGCAAUCGCCAUUGGUGAUGGGGUGGAUUAUUCAACGUUAAACUACAUUGUUGAAAAUGAUAAUCUCAUCGUUGACAAGUCUUAUAAGAGCUUGGAGCCAUACCUUCCACCGGCAGCUAGUUACAUCAGAGUGAAAUCAGAUUUCUCAACUCCGUUGAGUAAAGAUGCUGCUGUUGUCUUCCUUGUGGACACUUCUGAAGAAGUAGAAACGAUGGAUUUCAAGCGACAAAGAGAGUUUGUCAUUUCCUUAGCGAAGGCUUUCGAGAUUUCUGAAGAAGGGGUGCGCGCAAGUGUGAUAACAUACGGCAAGAACAGUCGUCCAACCGUGCAAUUCAAGGACUCUUCGGAUGUCGACAAAUUUAUAAAUGCAAUGAUCAGAACCAGUCAAAUAAAAGGACGUCGAAUGAUAGACCAGGCCUUGAUUAUGGCAGCCCGCAUGUUCCGCCAUCAUGACGAGGUAGCACCGAGGGCGGUGAUACUAUUCACAUCAGGCCCUCAUGCGGGUACACUUGACCAAUUGAAAAGCGCCAGCAAAAGUGUUACGGACUUAGGUGCGCUAAUAUACGUUGUUGCCAUUGGUCCCUCAGUGGCCAACAGCCAACUCGAGGAACUGGUGAGCAGUUCUGAUGACAUCAAAAGGUUACCUUCGUUCAUGGAUUUGCAGUCUGAAAUCCAUUUUGUUGGGAGAUACGUGAGCCUACAACAAGUUCCAGGACCUGGUUUUAUAGCAGAUGUCGUUUUCCUAAUUGAUGCGUCCUCUAGUGUGGGCAUCGUAAACUUCCGCAGGCAAAAAGACUUUGUUAAAGCGGUAGCCCAGGCCUUGAACUUUGGAGAACAAGCCACGAGGGCCAGUCUAGUAGUAUACAGUAGCACAACGAGGCAGGUUACGGACUUCAAUAGCCACAGGACACUGGGAAGGUUUAACGUCGCAGUGGACGGGGCGCCCUAUUUGCGCCGUGGGCGGCGGGUCGACACAGCAUUGAUAAAUGCAGCUCGGCUGCUUUCUAGGGCACGACCGGGUAUUCCCAGGGUAACAGUUCUCAUUACCUCAGGGAGGCGAGAUUCAGGCACCCCAAUCAAAGACAUAAGUAGACAACUGGAACUUGUCGGGGCGAAGUCAUUUGUGGUUACCAUUGGUGCUCUGCCAGAUUUAAGGGACUAUUUGGUUCUUAGCAAGCAAGAAGACAUCUUAAGACUACAGUCAUUCGUCGAUCUUCCCAGAAAACAGAAGUCGUUUUCGCAACAUAUAAUUUCUUCCUUCGAUGUAAAGGAGCCAACUCCAACUCCAACUCCAAGUACACCACCUGAUAAAAUAUCGCUAAACUUCAUAGCAGAUGUAAUUUUCAUCAUGGAUUCCUCUUCUUCUGUGUCUUCACGAGACUACAGUAAAGAAAAAGAGUUUGUCAAAUACCUUGCCACCUACCUUAAUGUUUCACCAGGGAACUCGCGCGCAGCCCUGAUAACUUACGGCAAUGCCGCGUCUGAGGUUAUCGAAUUCGACAUCAAACGACUGCGAGCAGACUUUGAAAGUGCAGUUGAAAAAGCGCCUUUUGUGGGGCGCAAUAGACGAAUAGACCGAGCUCUUGAGAAAGCAUCCCAGAUGAUGGCCAACGCUAGGCCUUGGGUUAGGAAGAUAGUUAUAUUGUUGACCUCCGGAAAGCAAUCUCGAGAGUCUGGCAGCAAAACACCUGGCGAAGCAGCAAUUCCUCUCUUAGACAAAGGAGUUUACAACUAUGUUGUGGCAAUAGGCCAGGAGCCCGACAUCUCUGAGCUACGGCCCGUGGUGCAGCAGCCAGCGCAAAUCUUCCGGAUGACUUCCUUUGACGACUUGGAGCCCCGAAAAACGACGGUUGGAGGAAUUAUCGUGGAAACGUCAACUGGACCACUAACAGAUAUCAUCGCUGAUAUCAUCUUCAUUUUGGACUCAUCCAAUGAUGUCACGCGGGAUGAAUACAAUAAAGAAAAAUCUUUCAUCAAGGAAUUUGCUAGAUACCUGAAUGUCGCGCCUGGAAAGUCGCGUGCUGCAGUCAUAACUUACGGCCAAAGCUCUGACGUAUUAUUCAAAUACGGCGGUUAUGACUCGCUGACAAUCUUCGACGUCGUCAUCAACAGAGCAUCGUACAUCGGAGGGACUCAGAGAAUGGACCUCGCUUUAGAUGAUGCAGGCCGUUUGCUAAGCGAAGCCAAGCGUUGUAUCCCUAGAUGGGUCAUUUUGUUAACUGCAGGAAGACACCCAAGUGACCCGAGAGUAAAAUCUUUACUGGAAGCGUCAAAACCCGUGAGAGAUCAGAGUGACAAGGUUUAUGUUGUUGCUAUAGGCAAUAAACCAGAUCCUAAAGAACUUAAAGAUAUAGUUAAAGACCCCAAAGACAUAUUUUCAGUUGGUUCAUUCCAAAGUUUGAAGUCUCAAGCCAGAGUGAUUGCCACUACAGUUGCAAACAGAAGUGACGUGGAUCUCUGUGUGAUCAAGACUUUCCAAGCCACCAUAGUCUUCCUCGUGGACACGACAUCAUCGAUCGGAACCUUGGAUUUCAGACGCCAAAAAGAAUUUGUGAAAUCCGUGGCUAAAUCUUUUAACGUUUGUCAAGACAGCUCUCAAGCGGCGAUAAUCACAUAUGGCUCGUUGACGUCGCAAAAGCGGCCGACGGAUAUCUACAAAGAUUUGUCUGCAUUCGAGCAAGCAGUGGAUAAGUCACAAUACAUGGGUGGACUUCGCAGGUUACACCUUGCUAUCGACACUGCAGAACAAUUGUUACGAACAGUUUCACCUAGCCAAAAAAGGAUUGUUGUGAUCUUGACAGGAGGACAACCUCUGAUACAGGAUGCCUUGUCGCUGAAACAAUCCUUCAAGACACUUCGUAAUGCUGGAAAUGGAGCGUUUGUCGUCGCCAUAGGUAACAACUACGAUAAGGAUGAGUUUCUUCCCGCUGUUGAUUGGCCAGAGGACAUUUUCAGCGUUUCUUCAUUUGAUAACCUUUUGCCACGGGCCUGCUCAAUUUCGAAAGCGAUUGCUAAGAGAACAGAUACAGAUAUCCCGCGUGACUUUAUGGCUGACGUAAUCUUCAUUAUGGAUUCCUCCGUCGAUGUUUCGCGUGCAGACUACGAGAAAGAAAAAGAUUUUAUCGAGUCCUUAGCAGGUUACUUGAGGUUAUCCACAGGUAGAACGCGAGCAGCGGUGCUGACUUACGGUUACACUACGACCCUUGUAGCUGAGUACGACAGUUAUGAAACACUACAAACUUUUAACAGUGCUGUGGAUGGAGCUUCUUAUAUUGGUGGGAAUGGACGUCUUGACUAUGCCUUUGAGUACGCUUCUAGGCAGCUGAUAGACACCAGCCGACAAUUAGUUCCAAAAAUCGUUCUACUUCUCACAGCAGGUCGACUGUCCCCAGACCAAUCCCUGAGAUUGUCAGCCCAACCACUGCAUGAUUACGGUUUUAAAGUGUUCGUUGCCAAAAUAGGCGACAAACCAGAUGUGAAUCAACUUCUUCCGACUGUGAAAGACAAGGCUUUUGUGAUUUCAGUACCCUCGUUCGACGAUCUUUCGCGAAGAGCGUUGCCUGUGGCUCAAAAACUCAGCAAACAUACAGAUCCAGAACUACCAUCUGACUUCCCAGGAGCAGAUGUACUUUUCAUGGUGGAUUCGUCAUCUGACAUUUCGAGCAGCAAUUACGAAAAACAGAAAGACCUCGUGAAAAAUUUGAUGAAAACUUUAGAUUCCUUUUCAUCCAAAUCUCGAAUCUCCUUUAUAACUUACGGCAAUAGACCUCGGGUGGUGUACGAUCUUGACAACAAUAUGAAUAGCGAAGCACAGCAGAGAGAAAUAGACUCGGUGCAACCAAUGGGAGGAAGACGGAGAAUCGACCGCGCCCUUGAAGAAGCAGUUCAGAUGAUGCAAAAUUCUCGGCCGGAUGUUCCUAAAAUCAUACUUCUUGUUGCGGCCGGAAAACAGAUUGAGCAAAAUGGGGUACAACCCCUUAGCUCGUACGGUACAGCCCUUCAAAGGCUCGGUGUAGAUGCUUUCGUGUUAGGAAUUGGUAAAGACAUUGAACAUCGGGACCUGGGACAAGUUGUUCGAGACGCAAAGAAUGUAUUCCUGGUACAAAUGUUCCAGAGUCUGAAUUCAAUUGACCGGCAACUGGCGUAUGAAAUCGUCACGCGGACCGUUGAUGGCAUGAUUGAAACUGAUGUUAUAUUCGUCAUGGACUCGUCCUCUGAGGUGUCACAGAGCGACUACGGGUACGAAAAGGAAGCUGUCAAAUCCAUGGCACGUUCCUUGAAAGUUCCUUCGGGUCAGUCUAGAGCUUCAGUCAUAACAUAUGGAAACUUUCCCUCUCCUGUGGUCAAGUUCGAUGGCUACAAGUCAUUUCCCGCUUUUGAAAACCUUAUCGACCGUGCACAACGCAUUGGUGGGCGACGUCGAAUAGAUCUAGCUUUGGAAGAUGCUGGUAAAUUGCUGAGGGAGGCAAGGCCCUCUGUCCGUCAAAAUGUCAUUUUGUUGACAUCUGGAAGAACACACCCUUUAUCAAGAGACUUGUACGUGUCAGCGCAACGAAUUUUCGGGAACAAUGCAGACUUACUUGUCAUUGCUGUAGGUAGAAGACCUAAUUUCAAAGAACUCACUGCGAUUGUACAGAAGCCGAAACAUGUUUACAAUGUGUCAUCAUUUUCCGACCUACGCAGAAAAUCAAAUGAAAUAACAAAGAUCGUCUCUCAAAUGCCAGACAAACCUACAAUUUACAAUAACUUCGUCGCAGACAUCGUCUUCUUAAUGGACUCCUCCUUGACUGUUGAACAAAAAGUUUAUGACAGGCAGAAAAACUUCAUCAAAUCCAUGGUGCGCUCCCUCAACUUGUCCACUGAUAAAUCGCGAGUUGCUGUUGUCAAUUACGGAGGUGAUUCAGUAGAAGUUGUUCGAUUCUCGUCGCCGCAAGAUGUAGCUGCUAUCGAAAAUAGAGUAAACAAUGCACGAAGGGUGGGAAGAAAGAGGGACAUUGCCAAGGCUUUGCAGUUUUCCGCCUCUCUCCUGGAAAAAUCCAGACCAGAUGUCUCUAAGGUGAUCAUCUUCCUUACGUCUGGGAGUGAGCUCUACCUCACGUCUCCAUCCCAGGUACUCAGGGACUAUGGUGCUGAUAGAUACGUGAUCGCUAUUGGAUCAGAUUUAGAUGAAGAAGAGUUAACUCCCAUUAUAGACGAACCACGUGACAUGUUUACCAUGAGAACUCCUCCGGAACUCACAUGGAAGACUGAAUACAUCAUUGAUGAAAUUAUCAAAAGAACAGUUACCAGAACAUCCGUUUUACCUCUUGACUUUGACGCUGACGUUUUGUUUCUGGUUGAUUCAUCUUCCGACGUGAGCCAAGAAAAUUACAACAGAGAGAAGAACUUUGUUAAAUCAUUGGCCUUUAUUCUUAACCUUAAACCUGGAAAAACACGUGCUGCAGUUGUAAUAUAUGGCAACUUUGCAAGGACUGUGAUCAGAUUCACAGACUUCGCCUCCCUGUCAUCUUUCUUUAGGAGGAUCGAUACACUGCCUUUCCUUCGAGGUAGAAGGCGUCUGGACAGUGCGCUAAUCGAGGGAGGAUCUGUCUUGGACACAGCUAGACCGUCGGCUGAUAAAGUCGCCAUACUUCUAACUGCGGGUCGGCAUACUCAAGAAGUAGGAGCUCCGCCUUUGAAUCAGGCCGUGGAAUCGAUACGAUCACAUAAUGCAAAAUUGUUCGUGGUUGCCAUUGGUCAGCGAGUGGAUGAGACGGAACUGAGACCAUUGACAAGAGAGCCUAUCGUUGUAUCUGGAUUCAACGUUUUGAUAAGGAAUUCAAUCAGAAUUGCCAAGGAUAUAAAGAAUAUUACAGAUCAAACAGACGUACCAAAAAGUCCAGGCGCGGAUAUAGUUUUUCUGGUAGACUCCUCUAGUGGCGUCACCGAGGACAAUUUCACGAAGGAAAAGGCUUUUGUUACUUCCUUGGCGAAACAGCUCAAUUUUGGGUCAGACAAGACGCGCGUGGGAAUAAUCUCUUACAGUGAUUACGCCACACUGGCAGCACGCUUCGAUGUCGUUAAGAACGAAGAAAACCUUCAAAGGUUACUCGAUGGAAUUAGACGGCUUCAAAGGGGUAGAAGAAUUGAUAGGGGGCUAAUAAGGGCAGCUCAGCUAUUCGGGGAGAGUAGGCCUAACGUUCGUCAGGUACUAGUGCUACUAACAAGUGGAAGACAUACAUCUAACGUGGAAAAUCCUUUCCGGGACGCCGUGCAACGGCUGAAGACGAAAGGUGUCGACAGAUUCGUUGUUGCUAUUGGACCAAAUCCAGAUCCAGAGCUGACUGCAGUUGUGGAAAGAAGAGAAGACGUUAUCUCAGUAUUUUCCUUCGACAGCUUGCAGCCGCAGGUCAUACCGAUUGCAAGGCACAUAAAAGAAGAAAAGAUACCACCCGGCUUCAAGGCUGACAUUAUUUUCCUGAUCGACUCUGCGUUUGAAGUCACUACCAACAACUUCAACAAACAGAAAGAGUUUAUUAAGGAUCUCUCAGCUUUUCUCAAUCUCUCGUCACGUGGCUCUCGCGUGGCAAUAAUUCUUUACGCCUCCUCUCCCAGCCUAAAGAUGGCGCUUGGAACACUGGAAACACCUGAGUCCUUGAGCCGUGGUCUUGACAGACUCGCACCUUUAACAGGAACGCGUAGAAUGGACCGCGCCUUGGAGUUUGCCUCUUUAAAGUUUGACAACAACCGUCCUCAAGCGGUGAGGAAAAUUGUAGUCCUCUUUGCCUCUGGUAAACAAGCUGGAGGAGGUAAACCCUUAAACGAGGCCGUGAAAAGAUUACAAGAAAUCAACGCAGAAACAUACGUUGUAGCCAUCGGUUCUCAAGUCAGUGAAUCCGAGUUACAACCAGUUGUUUCUAGGAGGAAUGACAUCAUUCGAGUGCCUUCCUUUGACAAACUCGCCUCCAAAGUAAAGCCUGUUGCUGAUCAAAUUAUAAAUGGCUCAAGACCAAUUCCACCUGAAUUUAAAUCUGACAUCCUUUUCAUAAUGGAUUCGUCAUCCCCUGUCAGCCGGGACGACUUCCAAACCCAAAAAGACGUUGUUAAGUCGAUUAUGAAAUCCUUUCACGUCAGACGCGGACAAUCUCGAGCCGCUGUUAUCACUUAUGGUCGGUAUUCGGAAAAGCUUUUACGAUUCAACAGCUAUUUGUCUCUAAAUGACAUCGAGAGUGUCGUAGACACAGCAACGAGUAUUGGAGGCUCGCCCCGAAUCGACGAAGUGCUGGUUGAUGCCGCUGAUGUCUUAAGAGAUGCCAUUCAAUCAAUCCCGAGAAUUGUCAUUAUGUUUACAACUGUUCGCGACCUCACUGAUAGACACAAGAAAGCUGUUGACAAAGCCGCGGAGGUGAUUCACGAUACGGGAGCCAGAGUCUACGUUAUUGCUUUCGGAAAGGACGUUGAUGAUUUGAGUUUAAAAAAGCUGGCUGAUUCUCAAGAAGAUAUUUUCAAAGUACCGACGAUCAAAGAUCUAAAUGAUUCAAUGGCUGUGGAGAUUUUCCGAAGAGUUGAAUUACCUAAACCAGUGGUACCAAUGGAUUUUACGGGCGAUGUUAUCUUUCUUGUGGACUCUUCCUCCGAAGUAAGUGAAGAGCAAUUCAAGAAAGAGAAACAUUUCGUUGCGUCGUUGGCUAAAACCCUUAACCUCCGUCCUGCAAAAACCCGAGGAUCUGCGAUAACCUAUGGAAGAUAUGCAUUGGUUGGAAUCGAAUUCAACGAUCAUCCAAACCCAGCAAUGUUUGAGCAAGCUUUACAAGGACUCUACCCAAUUGGGUAUGAACGUAGAAUGGACAAGGCUUUGCAAAAAAGUGCGGAUAUGGUAAAAGUUGCCCGUUCCUACGUCCCUAAAAUCGUCGUUCUUUUGACAGCAGGACGUCAGAGCUCUCCAAGAAAUACAUUGCCUCAAUCCGUUAAGCCGCUUAAGGACCAUGGUACAAGUGUCUUUGUUGUUGGAAUAGGCUCACGGCCAGAUAGUCAAGAGUUACACGCUAUUGUUGAGGAGCCUGGAGACGUGCUGAGGGUAUCGCAAUUUAAUGACUUUUCUCCAUCGAGGACGAGACAAAUCGCGAGGCACAUAGUGAGCAGAACAGAAAAUCGCACGCUAGACGUCGAUGCUGACAUCGUUUUCCUGUUGGACGCCUCCAGUUUUGUGUCUCGAGAAAACUUCGUAAAAGAGAAAGACUUUGUCAAAUCCAUGGCAAAAGUGUUAAAUGUUGCUCCUGAGUCUUCCAGAGCCGCUGUAAUACUAAUUGGCACUUUUCCCGAUACGAAAGUAACGUUCAAUGAGUACCGCACUUUGAGAGACUUCAAUGAGCUUGUAGAUAAGGCACAGUCCUUUGGUGGUUCGAGACGAAUCGAUCGCGCUCUAGAGGAGGCAUCAAAAGUGCUGGUGGACAGAAGGAGAGGUGUACCUCACGUUGUUGUACUCGUGACCGGUGGAAAGCAAUCACAAAGUGGAAAUAACAUUCCCUUUGAAAACGCCGUUAAGCCAUUAGAUAAAAUUGGUGCUCACACGUUUGUUGUUGCGAUUGGGCAUGAUCCAGAUACAUUAAAAAAUGUUUUACCGGUACCCUCCUUUAACGACCUUCAGUCUCGUGUUUACAAAAUGGCAAGACAGAUCAAGACCACUAGUGAGCCAAAACCAGCAAAUAUCUCCGCAGAUAUCAUUUUCCUUAUGGACUCUUCAACUUCUGUUGACCGAGGGGGGUUUGAUAAACAAAAGAACUUUGUGAAAUCCUUAGCAAAGUACUUCAAUGUCUCACCAAGAAAUUCCAGAGCGACUGUUGUCGCCUAUGGUAACACCACUCGCACCGUUGUCAAAUUCAGUGAUUAUCAGUCGGAAACAAACUUUAACGACAUGCUUGAUAGACAGCCGUGGAUAGGGGGUGACCGACGUAUCGACCGCGCUCUAAGGACAGCGGAAUCCUUAAUGCGCCAAGCACGUUCAGAAGUUCCAAAAAUCCUUAUCCUACUCACAGCAGGUAGGCAGCCCAGAAGUCCUGAUGUUACGCCAAUUGGAAUAGCUGCCCAGCCAUUGAGAAAUAUGGGAAUCAAGAACAUUGUUGUCUCGGUUGGAAGCGAAAUAGAUCGCAAAGAUCUGCUUGGUAUGGUUCAAAGUUCAGAUGACAUAUUCAGCGUGGCGCUGUUUGAUGACCUUCGCUAUGAGGUGCAGCCAGUUGUGAAAUACGCUGUUAAUUUUUUCGAAUUGCCCAUCUUUGAUAUAAAGGCAGAAGUCCUCUUUCUAUUAGACGCCUCAGACCAGACUGGGCGAGAAAACUUUGAAAAACAAAAAACGUUUAUCAAACUACUGGCUCGAUCUCUUAAUGUGUCUCCCGGAAAAUCCACCGCGGCGUUGAUAGCAUACUCCUCAACUGCAACAAUUAACAUACCUUUGGGUAGUUACAACACUGUCCAAGAAUUUGAACGAAACGUGGAUAGGACACGUUUCCUUGGAAACUCUAGGAAAAUGUAUCGAGCAUUGGAAGAGGCGGCUUACUUAUUUCAAAAUGCAACAGAAUCUGACGUUGAAAGAAAGGUCAUUCUGAUAACUGGUGGGAGACAGACAUCAGACGAAGAUGAGGAGCCAUUGGAAAAAUUUAAGAAGUUGCUUCUUGAUGUUGGAGCGCUCCCAUUCAUCGUUGCCAUAGGGAAAGACCAUGACAACCAAACACUGAGAGCAGUUGUUGAGGAUCCCGGCGAUAUUUUCAGGGUUCCAACGUUCAUUGAAUUGUCAUCUUCUGUAUCUUCCACUGCUGCCAGGGUAGCUAACAGGAAAGCGCCUCCCAUAAUACAAGACGAAUACAUUAUCUUCCUCAUGGACUCUUCAUCUACCGUGCAGCGAGAACAGUUCCAAAGACAAAAGAACUUCAUUAAGUCUUUGGCAGAAUAUUUGCAAGUUGGAAGCUCUGAUAAAACCAAGGCUGCCGUCAUCAACUACGGAAGUGUCCCUUCAGGAAUAAUUACGUUUGAUGAUUACACGAAUAUUCGAGGCUUUAAAAGUGGUAUUGAUGGGAUUAUUCCUGUUCGAGGAAGCAGACGAAUCGACCAAGCCCUCGGCGAGGCUGCUGUCAUCCUGAGAGGAAUUGAUCAAUCGUCCAAGAAAAUUCUUGUACUUCUAACGGCUGGGCAACAGGCUAAAGAAUCUGAUGUUACCCCUCUCGAUGUGGCUAUCCGACCAAUACGAGACAUGAAAUCCCACAUGUACGUGGUCGCACUUGGAAAUGACCCCAGCACGCCAGAGCUUCGUCCGUUAGUGGCAAAACUGGAGGAUAUGUUUCGUGUGCCAUUUAAUUUCAUGGAACGUAUAGUGCCAAGUAUCGUUGAUCACAUACGUAAAGAAAAUCCGUACCCUGGGCCCACACACGACGUUGUGUUUCUAAUGGACACAUCUGAUGUUAGCAGAUCCGAUUUCUACCAAGAGAUCCUCUUUGUGAAAUCUUUAGCCAGGGAACUGAGUGUAACUCCAUCUGAAUUUCAAAAGGCUGUUGUCAGCUACGGAAACAAAUAUUCGCAAGUAGUGCGUUUUGACAGUUAUGACUCUCUCAGGGAUUUCUACACUUCCAUCGACGCCAGUGUCUAUCAAGCUGGAGCGAGAAGAAUGGAUAGAGCAUUUGAGGCGGCGUCGAUGAUUUUGUCAUCAAGAAAUCCAGCAUCAAAGAAAACAGUAGUUCUUCUGACCGGCGGUAGCAACUCUAGGGAGGCUGACCCCAACUCUCUUGCACGUUCAGUUCAACCUUUGUUCAAAAUGGAAGCAACUGUUAUAGUCUUGGCAUUCGGCAACAGAUACGAUGUUCAAGAACUUCUUCCAACUGUGAAACACCCGAAAGAUGUUCGCCCAGUGCCGCAAGCUUAUGAUCUUGUCCGAUACGUCAGCGAAAUUUCAAAGCGCAUCAUUAACGGUGCCGAUGAGCCCAAGACACCAAAAAUGGAUGCCGAUAUCCUAUUCAUCAUGGAUUCUUCUUACGAAGUCAAUCAAGAGGAGUACAAAUCUGAGAAAGACUUCAUCAAGUCUCUUAUUCGAAGCCUGAACGUGUCGUUGGAUACAUCUCGUGCGGCCUUGAUUUCCUACGGUGAUUUGGGGUCACUAAACUCCCGUUUCAUUGGCCUUAAAAGCCUCUCUGACUUUGAUAAGUUGGUUGACAAUGCUACGUACGUUGGCGGAGAAAGAAGGAUUGACAGAGCCCUGGAAAAAUCGACACAAAUUCUGAACGAAGCAAGAGCCGGAUCGUCCAAGUUUGUGAUAUUCCUCACUGGUGGAAGACAAGCAAGUAGCGGAAAGCCUCUUGACGAAGUGGUGGGACCGCUUCGCGAAAACGGUGUCAAAACGUAUGUCAUUACUAUUGGAACGAAAUCAGAUGCGCAGGAAUUGAGACCACUUGUCGCCUCUCCAGAAGAUUUGGUUUCAUUACUUUCAUUUAAGGAGUUAAAUUCUCAUAUAUCAAAGAUUGCAAGUCACAUAAGUGAGAAAGCAGUUUGUUUGAGACCAGAUUACAUCUUAGACGUCGUUUUCCUCAUGGACACAUCAACUGAAGUCGACGAUCUGAGCUUAGACAAGGAAAAGGCAUUUGUCAAGUUACUGGCUAAGUGCCUUAAUGUCUCACCAGGGAAAUCGCGAGCUUCUGUGAUCACAUUUGGUACCACUACUUCUCGUGAAAUUGAUUUUAACAGUUAUGAAAGUACACAAGCAUUUGAAUCGUUAGUAGACCGCAUAUCAUCCAUAGGCGGAGACCGUAGGAUAGAUAAGGCCCUCGAAGCUGCAGCAGAGGUUGUUGAAAACUCACCUCCCUCCGUCCCCAAAUUGGUUGUUCUUUUGACAAGUGGUCCACAACCCGCGAAUGCUCUAUCUUUCUCUGAGGCUGCAAUACCCCUGCACUCAAUAGGCGCCAUGUUUUAUGUUGUUUCCAUUGCCAAUGAUCUCGACAAGAAGUAUUAUGAAGCGCUUGUGGAUCACCCAUCACAAGUGUCCCAGGCGUCCUCUUUUGGAUCACUGAACUAUGUUUUGCCAAAAGUGACACAAGGGGUGGAACAGGGUGCCAGUAGCCGAAUGCAUUUGAAUGCUGACGUUGUAUUUCUGAUGGACGCCUCCACGGCGGAGAACACAAGAUAUUUUCAAAGUCAGAAAGACCUCAUCAAAUCAAUAGCAAGGAGUAUUGGAAGUUCACCUGCUAAACUGCGUGCAAGCUUGGUCAUAUACAGUUCUUCUGCAACUGUGUUAGCAAGUCUAAAUUCUUAUACUAACUUGCAGAAAUUUGAAGUAGACGUUGACAGGGCGCCAUAUCUCAGAGGCACAAGACGAAUGGACUUUGCUCUUGCAGCCGCUGCCCGACAGCUGUCGCAAUCGAGACCAAACGCCGCGAAGAUUGUCAUUCUGAUCACUACCGGACUACAGGCUCAAGUGGUUGGCAUGAAACCUUUAGAUGAGGCAUCCAAACCAUUACGCGAAGCUAACGCUAACAUAUUUGUGAUUGGCAUCGGUAAACAGCCCGAUCUCCGAGAGCUUGUCCCCGUCACGAACAAUCCUGUCAAGAUCAUUCCAACCCCAGACAGGGUCAUCGUUAACCUACAUUUGUGGUUAAGGCAACUGAGACAGCAGGUCAACAACGAAAAAGAAUCACCACUCAUAUACAAGGCAGAUCUCAUAUUUCUUUUGGACUCGUCCAACGAUGUCAGCACUAAAGUUUUCAAAGAACAGAAAGACUUCAUCAAGUCAAUCGUUGGAAAAUUCCUUAUCGCAUCGAACAAAACCAGGGUGGCGGUGGUUAGCUACAGCUCUAGAGCUUCAUCUGUUAUUACUUUCAGCACCUUUGAUAACCCUCUCGAUCUGGUUAGAGGCAUUGAUAGCAUUCGGUACGUUGGUGGUAUCAGGCGAAUGGAUGCAGCCCUUAAAGAAGCCAACAAACUUCGAGAAACAGCUCGAUCAGACGUCCCGAUCUAUGUUAUAUUUCUGACGGCUGGCCGUCAAGCAUCGACAGCAGUUUCUACUCCACUCGACAGGGCGGCGCAACCAAUACUUGACUCCACUGCACGUAUGUUUGUUGUGGGCAUUGGCUCUCGUCCCGAGGAGAUGGAAUUAUUUUCCAUGGUGGAACGUAGUAGAGAUGUCUUUAGGUUUCCCUCAGAGAAAAUGAAAGAAGAAGUUCCCUUGUUUGUGAUUAACAUGGCUUCCCAAACAGGUGCAACAGUUCCGAGAGACUUUAAAGCUGAUAUUCUGCGCUAA